AUGAACGGCAAGCUGAUGAAGCGGACGAAACGUGUGUAUCAGUUCUUCAGCUGCCUCCCGGAAGACAAGGUCCCGUACGUCAACAGCCCCGGAGAACGAUACCGCAUCCGUCAGCUGCUGCAUCAGCUUCCCCCACAUGACAGCGAGGCUCAGUACUGCAGCUCGCUAGAGGAGGAAGAGGCGAAGGAGCUGAAGUUGUUUUCUCAGCAACGAAAGCGGGAGAACCUUGGCCGCGGGACCGUCCGACUGUUCCCCGUUACCAUCACCGGAGCCAUUUGCGAGCAGUGCGGGAAGCAGAUAUGCGGCGGGGACAUUGCGGUCUUUGCCAGCCGAGCGGGGCACGGCGCCUGCUGGCACCCGCAGUGCUUCGUUUGUACCACCUGCCGGGAGCUCCUCGUCGACCUCAUCUACUUCUACCAGGACGGCAAGAUCUACUGCGGGCGGCAUCACGCCGAGCGACUCAAACCCCGCUGCGAGGCCUGUGACGAGAUAAUCUUCGCGGACGAGUGCACAGAGGCCGAGGGACGCCACUGGCACAUGCGCCACUUCUGCUGCUUCGAGUGCGAGGAGGCGCUGGGCGGGCAACGGUACAUCAUGCGCCAGAGCCGCCCCUACUGCUGCCGCUGCUAUGAGAGCCUUUAUGCAGAGUAUUGCGAUGCCUGUGGGGAGCACAUCGGCAUUGACCAGGGUCAGAUGACUUACGAGGGCCAACACUGGCACGCCACCGACACUUGUUUCAGCUGCUCCCGCUGCCACCAGCCCCUGCUGGGGAAACCCUUCCUGCCCAAGCAGGGCCAGAUCUUCUGCUCCCGGGCCUGCAGCCUGGGCGAAGACCCCAACGGGUCCGACUCCUGCGACUCGGCCUUCCAGAGCGCCCGCUCGCAGGACUCCCGCCGGGUCAGCUGGCAGCAGCGGCGGGUCCAGGCCCAGCGCCCGCCCUCCUCCCAGGUCGCCCGUUCCGUCUCAUUCGGGGGGCAGCCGGCGCCCCCUCGCUCGGCCCCCAGGACCCGAAGGAGCUGGAGCGGCUUGCCGGGGGAGGAGACGCCUGCGGAGACGGAGGAGCUCUCAGAUCCGGAUAGCAAUGGGUCGGGCUGCAGCCAGAGCGGCAAGGAGCCCGUGAAGUGCACCUCCCGGGGAACUUCUACCUGCCCGCCGCCGGCCCCUCAACAGGAGCAAGGCACAGGUACUGAGAUCCGGCCUCGAUUCCAGCGCACCUCUCCUUUGCGCCAUUCCAUGCCAGAGCUGGGGGCGCCUCCUUCCAAAAUCCCGGAUUGGAGCUGCAGUUCAGCUUCUAAACUUCAAGCACCUGGCCGGCCGCAGCGCAGCGAGCUGGGGCUGGAGAGUUUUGCCCGGGCAGGAGCCCCGCGGGUGAGCUUCCGGGAACCCCUCAUCUCGGGAGAGCCAAGCCCUUCCUGUCCGGAGCGGCCCGCCCUGAACCCCCAGCUGCUUCAGGACAGAGGGGCCAGCCGGCGGCACCCCCGUUCCACUUCUGACAACUCGCUUCACCUGGGGGGUCAGGGAUGGAGAGCAAGGAAGGGGGCCGGACAGGACAGGGGGUCCAGCCUCUCCUUUUUGGCUUCCGAAGGGGCGUCUGCUGCCUGGCACCACCGCUACCCGCCCCGGGGGUGGGACUUUAGUUCCUCGGACUCUUCCGACUCCUCCUCGGAGGAGGAAGGCUACUUUCUGGGGGAGCCGAUACCCCUGCCCCCACACCUACGGGGCGGGGCCAGCCCCACGGAGACCACGCCGCCCCCCGACUCCGUGCGGAAACAGCAGCGCCGAAGGCUACGGGUCGUCCGGGACAAGAACUGCGUUGUGGCGUAA